CUUUUACUCCACACACAGUAGUUGUCAGAUGACUAAGUGGUGUAAAGUACAAGAGUCUUUAGUAUUAUAUGUGAGUGUGAAUCCCUGAAAGUAUGAUCCCUGCUGGACUCACAGGGACUCCAGAUUUUCAGACUCCCUGCAAUAAGGUUACCUUUCAGUGAUUUCACAAGUUGAUCAUUUACUUUAAGCUGCAUCACGUGAUUUUUUUCUGGCCAUUCGGGGGCGGCAGAGCAAGCUCAAAACACAACAUUUUUUAUUGUAUCACAUUAUAAAGUUGAUAUGGUGAAGCAUCCAGCAGACACAGAGCAAGAUUCGCAUUCAUUUGGAUUCAUGUUUGUGCCCACCUCUGGUCUCUACCAACUCCUGAGAAAACCACUGUGUUCACCAGCUGGUCUCCAACUGUGUGUGUCUGCUGUUUGCUGCUGAGCAGCUCCUGCACAGUGGCUUUUUAGAUCUUUGUCCUUGAAAACAGCUGCAUGCUGCUGCUGCUGCUGCUGCUGGAAACAAUCAUCGGUCAUUUCAUCCAUCCACAAAAUAAAAAUAUUGAUAGCUUUAAAAAUGCUGUAGCAUCCAACAAUGCACCCAAAUCCACAAAUCAACUCCCCGCUCUCUGUUAAUGUAGUUCACAGGUGUAUUUUAAAACAUGAAGUGGGGAGAAAUUUGGGGUAUUGGGCCAAUAUUGGGCGCUUUACCAAAAUCAUCGAAUGCGUCUUUAAAUCUAACUAUGUCACUUAAUUGAUUGUGAUAAAGGGUCAUAAAGGAAGAUCAAUAUUUUCCCCAUAUGGAUCACUUUUCAUCAAACUGGGUAAAAAAAGUAAUCACAGUUUAAACUGGUUAAGAGUUACUGUCAAUAUAGUUAACCAAGUUAAAGGCAUUGGGAGGAAAAUUCACCUCCUAGCUACCAAGUGAGCCUUCUGUUGACCAUCUCACAUAGACAUGGGCGAGGAAUAGAAAACAAGCAGUCUGAAAUGAAACUAUUAAAACAAGUUCUUUCUGUGCACUUUUUUGUGUCUUCUCUCUCUUCAGAGCCAUGUUUUCAUCAUUUUAUGUCACUCUGUCAUCAAUGUUUUUUCAUAUCACAAAACGGAAAUAUAACUGUAACCCUUUAUAUAACUGUCACAGUUGGUUUCCUGCUGUAUACUUUAGAGGGCGCUACUUCUGAAAAUGUAUGUAAACUCUGCCGAAUUUAGCCAUCACUGCAACUCUGCUGUGUGUAUCUGUCAAGUACAUCACUAUCGAAGAGGACACUUCCAUUUACUGCUUUCAAAAUAAAAGUUUAAUUGACGAAGCUAUGUCCAGGCAGCUGUUUUAUAUGAUAAUGCUUUUGUUUUGAAGACAAAUACCUGUAACAUCCGGCGUUACUCAUGCUGACUCUGACAAACCUUACUAAUGUCUUUCAGCAUCAUCCAAACAUUAGCUUGCUGAGUAGCUUUUAGCUAGCCAAACUCUCCAUUAAAUAGAGCCCUUUGCCAAGCUAAUCUAUGAGUCGCAGAAGAAACCACAGUUUCGCUGAAACGAGCCUGUCUCCUGAACUCCACGGCGCCUUCAUGGAGCCUCCCGGGUCAGCGAGCCGAGCCGACGCCGAUUUCCUGGAGCUGGAGCCUGACGAGGAGCUGCUCUGCUCGGUCAGCGACAUCACCGAGCACCUUGGCAGAAAUAUCACCGUGGUGCUGGAGACAGCGCUGUCUGAGAUCCGCAAAAUGGUCAGCAUCCGGAUACGAGUCCUGAAAAUGGAGCUACGCGAGAAAACCGAAGAAAUUGAAGUGUUAAAGGCGAGACUGGAUACAGUCCAGAGGGAUGGUAGGGACCCUUUCCCCGGCGUUGCGACCAUGGAGCCGUCUGGAGAUGCUGGCUUUAAGAAACCUGACUUUAGCUCCGGCAACAGAAACAACAUGGUCGACCCCAGGAGAGCCAAAGCUGUCAUGCCUGGUGUGAAGAAGGAGAAUAUAGAUGCCAUUUGCGACUAUCUGAUGAAAGACAAGAACUCGAGGGGGUGUGCUGAAAUGGACGGGGAUCAGAGCAGCCAGGCAAGCGGCGACAGGGAGGUUCGCCAAGAGCCGGACCCGCACUCCCUCAACCUGUGGCCAGACAGCGGGAUGGCUGACUCCGAGUCCACCACAGAUGAUAUUUUUAGUAUGCUCCCCUCUGGCAGCAAACGGAUGUAUGACUACGAAUGGAUAGCACCAAUGGAGUAUUCGUCAGACCUGAAAGUCAUGAAAGAGCCUGAGUGUGAGAACACCCCGACCGGUGAGACAGAGGAUGAUGAUGAAGAGGAGUCGUCACGGGGGGAGGGGGGUGGUCUGGAGCAGGCCCAGGCCUCACUCUCACACGUCCAGACCUCUGAGUUUCCCAUGGAGCCCCAGAGCUCUCCGGGGGAGGGAGGGAGUCCCCUGGAUAGCAGCACAGACAGGCCUGCAGCAGGCCAGCAGUUCCCCAGCCACACCUAUAUCUGCUCUCUCUGUGGAACCUUCUGCCCUGACUCUGUGUUCCUAGAGGAACAUGUCAAAAUGAUACACUCGGACUCUGCUGAUGCCCAGGCUCUCCGGGCCCUGCAGUCCUCCUGCUCAGCUUCACCCACCACGGGCGACGGCGGCAGUGACUCCAGGAGGAGCGGAGGGGUGCAGAUCGAGGGUGGCACAGCAGUAGGGUCUGGUGCCGGCAUCAGUCGGGGAGGGGGGCCUGUGAAAAAGGAGAUUAAAAUUGAGGGGGGGUAUGAGUGUGGCGACUGUGGCCGCCAUUUUAACUACCUUGGCAACCUGCGGCAGCACCAGCGUAUCCACACUGGAGAAAAGCCUUUCAUGUGUCCAGAGUGCGGGGAGAGGUUCCGCCAUGCAGCCCGCUUGAAAAGCCACAGGCUAGUGCACAGCGGAGCCCAGAGCCCCUUCCCCUGCCCACAGUGCGGGAAAGGUUUCUCAGUGCUCUCUGGACUUAAGAGACACCAACGGGUGCACACUGGCGAGAGCCCAUACGCCUGUCCACAGUGCGGCCGGCGCUUUAAGGAGCUGGGGAACCUGUACACCCACCAAAGGAUCCACAGUGGGGCCACGCCCUACUGCUGCCAGCAGUGUGGACGCAGCUUCCGGCAUCUGGGAACCUACAAGAGCCACCGCUGCACCCCGGCGCAGUAACCAGUCCAGCUGCUACGCCAAGGAAAUAAAAAAAGUCUAUUUCAGAGACGGGACAUGGUGCCGACUCUGAGGUGUGUGUCUUCAUAGUGCGGCUCUUUGUUGACACUGGGGGAGGUGCUGGUCAUGUGGAGAACAGGGCUGGUAUCCUGAUGCUGCCCAAGCUUUCGUGUUCUGUCACAUUCAUGACAUUUCACCCCUGCAUCAGGCAUCAAGAACAGCUGUAUCAUUGAGCUUGACCUCGGAAACAGUUUGACAAAACAAUGUCAAUUCAAGGUCUACAUCACAGACUCCUUAUCAGCAGAUGGAGUUUGAUCAGUUCUCAUGGAACUGUAGAUGUUCAAACUUUCCAUUUUUCUGAGGACUUUUAGGACUUCUUGUCCAUGUUGGAAAAAAUUGGAUGGGAAGUUUAUUCUUGACCUAGGAAACUACAGAAACAUCUACAGUUCGGUGACAACAGAGCAAACUCCAUCUGCGGAUGGAGACUGUGGGGUAUGAUUGAAAGCUCCGGAACAAGUUAGUUUGUUUUGUUAAGAAGCUGUAUCAGAGGCCAUCGGGCACCACAUGAAGCACGUAAGAAGUGAUCGUGUUUUUAGGAAUUAUCAUGAGGGGAGGUGUAUACAGGCCUGAAACCCCCAGAGACUAUCCUUUUUUUUUCUUCUUUUUUUUUAAUUUACAGAUACUUUAAAGGAUAAUUCCUGUUUAUUACAACUUUGGUUUGUAGUUUUGCUCAUCAAUUUCUAUCAGUUAUAAUAACAUUGUACGUACUCACUGACUCAUUGUACUCAAGUCAAAUGGGGCAAGAAACACAAGCAGUCAGAUGAUCAGACAGGUUGGAAACAAACCCCCCUGAUUAGUCAAACUUUAGAAGAGAAAUAGAAGGUGGACAGUAAGUUUUUUACUCAAACUGUCUGUUGUAAACAUCCAUCACAGUUUGCAGACCCACUUCCUGCUUCAACUUUGACUGCUGUACUUACUGUGGUUGUGUACACAGUUUUUCUGUGCAGUAAGGGAUUAUUAGUGAUAUUUUCGAUCACUCACUUUAAGUUUGACCACAAAAUUAAGUGAUUUAGGUAAUCUGGAUAAACUGUUAGCAUUGCAAUUAAUCUUAGUUAUCCUUUAACCAUUUUCUGAAGCAUACUAUAUUUCAGUAUACUAUGGAAAUCAGCUUGAACAGACUUGAAACUGCCUUGAGAAUCAGUCAAAGCAAACAUUGGAUUUAUUUUUGUACAAGUUGCAUUACUGUUGUGUAGUAAUGCAGCUGAGAGGGCAGAUCAGCACAGUGUAGGAAUGUUUGGUAGCCAACUCUAAAAGUGAUAGCCUACUCAAAAUGUCCAUGUCAAACACUCAGUGUAUGCUUGAGUAGUAGCUGUGAAAAUGUAAUAGUCUCCUUCAUGAAGAAUUGCAGCUGUGGUUUCUCCAGGAACGUUCCACACAUUCCUGGCAGAUUAUGUUGUAGAACACCAUAUUUCUACUGUUUACCUUGUGAUCUUUGCAACAAAACAAAAAAAAGGGUUGCCACUGUGAUAACUUUCCUGAGUUGUAAAAUCCUGUCUCUGAUUAUUAUAAACCGAUGUGCAGUGUUUGGUGUCUGAGAAGCCCUCGUAUUCACCGAUCUGUUACUCAGACUUCCUGGAUUGUAUUUCAUAUCUCACUGGUACCUGAAGCAACGCAGCCCCUGGCUGACUUUGGUCUGAACGCCUGCUAAAACCACACCUGCAACAUAAUUCACCUUUCCACUGUGUAUGCAUAAACUUUUAAGUGUUUCAGAAUCAUAUUUCCUCCAAAAUAAGGGUAAAUGCUCCUUUUUCGGUGGAGCUUCAAAGCUAGAACAACAUGGUAGCAUCCUUAGACUUAACUGUAACUGACAUGAAUCAAGCAGACCACACCUGCAGUUCUUUAUGAACGAACAAAAUCCAAAUUUUACUGGCCGUUAAGCUGACAGGGGUGGAUAUUUGAUCUAAUGUACCUUGCUUACUGUCACCUUGGGUGUGUGUCACAUAAUUUGGUCACAUGAUGAGCGGCAAAUGAUGCUAUAUAACUCAGCAGGUGUGUGUUGUACUUAUGGUUCAGAGCAGCAACUUUUCAUACAAGUCUAUUUAUAAAUUCAUUAUGGCACAGUAACUUAACUAAAAAUAAAACUGAACAUAAUGCAGACUGGAUUACCAAUCUCAAAUACAUUGCAGUUCUCUGCAGUAUUUCAUGAAUGGCUCCCAGUAAAAUAGGAAAAAGUAGGAAAAUCAUUAAAAACACUAUUGAACUCUGGUAUGAAUGGAAGAUGGUUGAGAAUAAACGUUGAGAUUUGGAGAAACAUAUAUGGCAUAUAUGAUUCAAAAAAAGAUACUAUUGAUUGAGAAUUUGAGAACAUUUCACACUGAUACAUAUGGUUCUAGCACAAAAGGAACUCCCAUACAGAGAUAAUAAAGAAAGUUACAUUAAUCUGAGCACUUUGGACAUUAGGUAGAGACUUUGAUUAGUGAAAUGUAGCGAUGAAAGUGUUGAAUACAUCUAGGGAAUCCAUUCAUUUGCGCCUUAACCUACUGAGCCUCCAGGACAGCCUGCCAUGACCACUCUGUGGAGAUGGAUAGAUCUGUUAACCGAGGAGUGGGACACCACCACCCACAUGUGGACUGACUGGGGAACUACAACAAAAAAGAUCUUCUGGGCCAUACUGCUGGCUGUCUUUUAUCAUGUCACUGCUAGGUGCUAUGUGUAGAGCAGAAGGUUUAUCAUAUAUUUUUUAACCAGUGUAAUCUAAUGUUACAAACUAUAUAUUGGUUAUUUCAUGUUUGCCUGUAUGAUGAUUAAAAAUUCUGUGAUGAGAGAUAAAAAAAAAAAAACCUUGAACGAAAUUAACAUCCCAAGUGUCCCGUUACUCAAGCUUGUCUGUAAAAUUAGUUUCCAAGGAGCUUCUGGGUCUUAGCACUGUGUGGAAGACUAAAAAAAGAAAACAACUUGUCGAACCGCUGACAAUCUACAGCAGUGGACUCUAACUAAGAACAUAUGUAAGUAUGAGUACUGUACUUAGAGGAAGUACAGUACUUAAGUACAAUACUUGUACUUUAUUUGAGCAUUUCCAUUUUAUGCCACUCUAUACUUACUGUAUACUUCACUAUAUGUCAAAGGGAUAGAUUGUACUUUUUACUCCAUUGCAUUUAUUUGACAGCUAUAGUUACUUUUCAGAUUAAAAUUUUACAAACAAAACAUGAUCUAUAAACUAUGAUACAUUGUAGUUCUGCACCCAAUAGUAUAUAAAGCAGUUAAAAUUAGCUGCCUUCUAGCUACAACGUUAAAAUACUCUUUAAAUGCUAAUACAUAAGUAAUAAUAAUGGAAUUAUGUAUUAUAGAAUUAUAUAACACUGACAAGGGUCAUUCUGCCUAAUGGAUAGUUUUACUUUGAUAUUUAAGUACAUUUGUUUUAUAAUAAUUCCAUACUUUUAUUUAAAAGACCAUUCCAGUAGUUUUGCACAAUUUAACUCUUUUACUACAAAUAACUUUACAUUACAGUUGUACUUUAGAAAUGUGAAUGUAUUGGCUUCCAUUAAUUUCCAUUCAGUGUGAAAAUCUUUUAGCAGAAUGUGAAUCUUGCAUAAGUUGUAUAAACCAUCAUAGUGAACAUCAAGUCUGCAUUCUUUUUGAUACGUUAUCAUUGAGGUAGCACAGACUUUUCAAAUAAGUCUGCACUUUAAGUGCAUUACCACAUAAAAAUAAUUACAAAUUAUUUUUGACAAAAAUGAAUGCAGACUGCUGUGAUGUCUCACACAACUCAAGCAAGAGUUUGCUAAUUGACUUUCAUACUGUAGGAAAAUAUGGAACCCAAUGGAUGCCUGAAAUGGUGGGACAAACAUCCAAAAAUCUAAAACUGUUGAGACGUUUGAAAAUGGUCUACAAAAAUGUAGUAUACACGAUUCAUAGUUGAGGAGCUAAAAUGUGCAAAUACACUGGUAUUGAGUAUUUUUAAAUUGUCUUGUUGCUUCUUUCACCCAAGUAAAGGACAGGCAUGUGCUGUGAUGUUAAAAGACAAUGUAACAUACAAUACACAGUGUAUACAGUAGCCUACACCUAUACAGACACUGGUGCUGGCUCGGAUUGCUACACAAGUAUGGAGAUGGCAAGUUUUGUCAAUGUGAAAAAAAAUGCUUUAAUUUAAACUGAAAGUUGAAAAAAAACGCAAUACAUUAAUAAGAAUUACUAAGAAUUGUCUACCUGUUCUUGUAAUCUUUAUUUUUCUGACUUAUUAUUCCAUCUUCCACAUUUUUCGGUCGACUACUACUUCUGCAUACUUUCAGCUACAGAAACUAUUCAAAUGUCAAAAUGUUCACCUCUUUAAGGACGUGUGUGUAUUCAACUUUUUUCUACCUUUUCUACUUUUUAAAAUACUUAUACUAACUUUUUAAAAGAAUUUUUAAGUAAAUGGAGUAAUCUUCAAUCUUCUCCCUCAUGUGUCUUGUGUAGUUUUAUACCCUGCUUGUGAUUAGUUUGCUUGCCCUUAUUGGUUCCACCUGUGUCUUGUUGUCGCCCCUACCUGAGUGUAUUUAGUCUGUGUUCUUCCUUUGUUCUGUGUCAAAUUGCCGUUGAAUCUGGUGUCAAGUGUCCCGGCCUUUGCUCCUCGCGUUUUCUUGGACUUUUUUAUUUUUUGUGAUUUUUGUCUUCUACCUUUUGGACUCUAUUGCCUGUUCGGACUGCUCUCCUGGUUGGUUCAUCUCUGCCUUCCUUAAUUCCCAUGUACGCAAUUGUGAACUUUAUUAAAUCAUCUAUCUGCACCA